AUGAAGCUGACUGCUAGCGCUGGUGAUACACAAAAUGGAUGGGAGCUUUAUACAGGUGCUGGAAAAUAUAGCACCCAAGAUUUCGACUACUGGAAAGACUCUUUGCUACAUCCGUGUCAUCCUCUUGAGAGUUGCAUCAAAUCUUGGCCUGAUAAGCCAGCAAGAUACCGAGAGGUUAUGGUACCAUAUAUAGUUGAAGUGAGAGAAUUGGGCAAGAGAGUUCUGGAACUGAUCUACGAAGGAUUAGGAUUUACUGAGGAUAACUUUGAUAAUUAUGACUUAUUCUUGAUGAUCCACAAUUAUCCAGAAUGCCCAGAUCCCAGUUCAGCUUUGGAGCAGCUGGACACUAUGAUGGGAACCUAA